UAACACUGCUAUAUUCCAACAUUUCAGCAGGUCUAUAACGUUUAAAAUGUAGUAUUGGUCAUGUGCAAAUAUUACGGUUAUACUUCAGCGCGAAAUCCCCUUACGCCGUGAAAACCAAGUCCUUGAAAAACAAGAUUAAUCUACGGUACAGUAGCCUAUAAGCGAUACUGUAGGGCCUACGCUGUUAUCGCACGUUAAGGAAACUGCGGAUGAGAACAACUUUCCUUGUUUUUCAACCUAAAUCUCCUCCUAUUGACGGGAGAAAAAGACAUCUAUUUCUCAAGGGGAGUCUGCGUGGCACGUAAACUCAAACAAGCUCAGUCGGAGUAGGAGAGCCACAGUACGAGGAGGAACUGUCUUUGCAGCCGCUGUUGAGUAGAAGCCUGGAGGCCUCAGGCCUUGUCGAGAGACCUAAGAGAGUGGAGACCUCGUCUACUACCAUGGAAGGUCAGAACAACAACUUUCAGUUCGACUUGGCGGAGCCCGGACAGCUAUACAAGCCUGGACAGAACUUCCAGGACCAGUGGAAGUUGCCGCCCUGCCACAACUGCUGUACUCUGGCCAACUUCCGCAUCGAGAAGAAGAUCGGGAGGGGGCAGUUCAGCGAGGUGUACAGAGCCACACACCUGCUGGAGGGCACGCAUGUGGCACUGAAGAAGGUCCAGAUAUUUGAGAUGAUGGAUGCUAAAUCUCGACAGGACUGCAUCAAAGAGAUAGACCUGCUGAAGCAGCUCAACCACCCCAACGUGAUAAAGUACCUGGACUCCUUCAUCGAGGACAACGAGCUCAACAUGGUUCUGGAGCUAGCCGACGCCGGCGACCUGUCUCAGAUGAUCAAGUAUUUUAAAAAGAAGAGACGACUUAUCCCUGAAAGGACAAUAUGGAAAUAUUUUGUACAGCUAUGCAGCGCCUUAGAGCACAUGCAUUCCCGUAGGGUGAUGCACAGAGACAUCAAGCCAGCCAACGUGUUCAUCACCGCCACAGGAGAGGUGAAGCUGGGGGACCUGGGGCUCGGACGCUUCUUCAGCUCCAAAACCACCGCUGCACAUUCCUUAGUGGGAACGCCCUACUACAUGUCUCCAGAGAGGAUCCACGAAAACGGAUACAACUUCAAAUCAGACAUCUGGUCACUGGGCUGUUUGCUGUACGAGAUGGCUGCCCUGCAGAGCCCGUUCUACGGGGACAAGAUGAACCUUCUGUCCCUGUGCCAAAAGAUCGAGCAGUGUGACUACCCCCCGCUCCCACCUGACCUCUACUCCGUGAAGCUGAGAGACCUGGUCAGCAUGUGCAUCAACCCUGACCCAGACGAGCGGCCGGACAUUGUCUACGUGCUGCAGAUCGCCAAGCAGAUGCACCUGUGGGCCACCAGCACCUGAGGGCCCCCUGCCCCCACCGCCAUCCGCCAUCAGCCAGCUCACCUGUGGAGCGGCAGGAGACGGGAGACCGUGAUCAAUCACAAGCUCAUGGUCUUAUUGAAUUGAGUUUGUUUUGUUCAUUUUCAGAGCGAGAGAGAGAGAGGGAGAUGCAAUGUUAUGUAUGGAGAUGCUUUGACAUGAGCAGACUGCAUUUUUCCUUUUCUUUUUCUUGGAAAACCACUUGUUUUUACCAAGGCCCUCUGUUGCCGUCUGGAUUGUGCGCUUUGUUAAACUUUCUGUCGAGCACAGUGCAGUGAUUGGUGGAAAAGAAUAGGAGGGGGCGGUGCCAUUCCCCCAUUUGCACGGUGAAAGGGUGGAGCUUAUGCUUGUGUAAUGGACACAGUUGGUUUCUCCCAAAGGUUGAGAUAGAAUAUUCAACAGACCCUUGUCCACUCACAGCGCAGCGUGACCAGUGGUUGGGUCCUGGCUGGCACAUACUUACUAAUGAUGCCAUUUUGAAUAUUACCUUUUAAGUUUUCACUUUUGCUUUUUUAAUGCUUUAUUUUCUCCAGCGCUACAUUAGCAUGUGUCAGGACUGCAUUUGUAUGUACAAUAUGAAUGAAAGCUUGGGGAGUUUGAGGCUGGUAACGCUUUGCCGAGUGCUACAAGUUCAUAUCGUAAUGUGUUGUAGAUGGAUAAAGGAAACUUCAAAGCUUUUAUGCAAGCCUUGUUAUGAGAAGUAUUUUUCUACUCUGAAAUAAUUAAGCCUAGUAAACAUACAGAAUUAUUCUAACAAGACACAUUAAGAUGCAUAGAUAACAAAACUUACUCUAAUCUGAGUGGAUUCUCAGAUGUCGUAAUGCUCGUCUAUAGAUAAGUUUCCAUCCAAAUGUUUGCAGAUGUUAAGUGAAUUUUUAUCUGCCAAAGAAAAUGAAAAUCGGUGUGUUUUUCCAGCAACUGUUAUGCAAAUAUUAUGAAGAUGGUGCAACAAUAUUGCUGGUCACCCUUUUUUUGGAUGUAUGAAAAAAAAAAAAUCAUCAGCCUUUUCACAUCUUCUCUUUAUCGAUACAGCUACUUUUCGUAGAACCUUUUUUUUUUGUUUUCUAAUUUUAGGUGUUUUUGGUUUUACUCAUGAACAAAUUUACAUAAAAACAGUUGGUUGAAAACCCCAGUUAUAGAAAGCCUUGUCCUGCAGGGCUGCGAAGGUGAGGUCUCAUUGGCCCUCUGUAUCACAGACCCUACCCCUCCCUGGGUCACGUGACACCAUGGAUGGUUCUUGCAGAAAUAUUACAAAGAUCCUGACCAAUCGCUGAUUAUCCUACAAGGACUAAGUGGACAGACUAAGAGGACAUCUCUGAAGAUAACAUGUGAGCAGGGCAAUAUCAGCCUGCAAACCCAACAUGGACUAGCUAGCUGCAGGCAGACACCCCUUAAGGAAAGUGUCAGUAUGGUCUGAUCCGACCCUAAAACUCAUCAAAUCAUUCAUACAUCCAUUAAAGAAUGAACAUAUAUACAAAAUCAUCUCAUGCUGUAGCAGGCCCAGGGGAGGUCUGUUGUGCCAAGCGUUGCGCAAUAAAAUAAGGCCCAACACAAAUACUGAAAGCUGCAGAAAUGUAACUGAAGAACCAAAAAGAAAAAAACAAAGACCCAUCUCCAGGUUGAAGAUCAUAUUCACUGGUCUCCACCCCCUCUAGCAGACUCGGCCUGCCAAGCCUGUUCCACACAAAACCAAAACAAUAAGACCAAGUCAUUAAAAAAAGUCCAGGGUCAGAGACUUUUGUCACUCCAAUAGCCAUCCUGCAACAAAAGCAAAACCUUCCACCACCCUCUUCACUUUUUCCUAUACAGGCAAAAAGUCUGUGCAGCACUGCUGAACUUUUCUCUGUCAGCUAAUUGAUCGCAUGUUGCAGUUACUGUAGCAAGUUCCAGUGAGGUAAUUGAUUGCAGUUGUGCCACGUUGUCCUGGAAGCUGCUUCCUGCCUUGCCCAUCCACAGCUCUAGCCCUGGGUCAUGUCCAAAUCAGCGCACUCGCCGACUAUUGAGUAUACAAGGUGUAUAAAACGUACAGUGUAGACAACUUGUAUACUCAAUAGCAGACAAGUACACAAUUUGGACACAGCCCUGCUCUGGCCCCACUACAUAUGAAAUGCCAGGGGCUGAUUUGAAUGAUUGGAUUUGUACCUGUUUUACUUUUGAUUUGUCAUAUCAGGGGCCUGUAUCAGGAAGCAGGAUUACUGACUUGGCUGGAUAACUGCACUGAGCAAAACCCAGACCCUCCCCCCCAAAUAUGGAACAUGGACUGAAGUAAAAAGAGCAGUUCCAGAUUUUACUCCAGUUCUCCCCCUACCUCAGUAAUCCUGCUUUGUGAGGACUUCACGGGUGAAGGCACGGUCUGUGCCCUCACUGUCUCCGGAUUCAUGCCAUUGAUUCUCUCGCGGAGCUGGUUUAAAGGCGAUCAUUUAUUGGCUGUUGCUGCAGAGACCAUGCCUGUAUACUGAUGAAAAGCUUAAUGAGGGAGCUCUCUGGAGCCUGGAUUUACCGGUCAUUAAUAUCAAACACACCUCCACAGCUACACUGAAAAAUGUAAGAUGGCAAAUGUUCAUUAAACAUCAGCGACAACUU